CGUUCCGCUCGCUGAGGCGACUCGGAUGACUACACAGCGCCCACCACGCCUACUCGCAUCAUGUCAUUCGCAAUUCGCACAUUAGUCAAUCCCUGCUUUAAGAGAGCUUUGGGCUCGCUUGCUUAUACCAGACAUCUUCCUCCGGACUUCACAUUCUUGCCUGGGUUUCUUUCGUUGCAGGAGCAACGAAUCCUUCUAGGAGUUGCUCUGCAGAAACUUGACUCUAUGGAAAACCGCCGUACCCGUAAACGACAGAAAGAGUACCUAGCCCAAAAGAAGAAGAUUGAAUCUGUAGAAACGCUUAAUGACGUCUUUCUACCUGAUGAAAUGUAUACAUUCGAGGAGGGCCACUAUGAUGGCGUGAUACGUAACUAUCGUGAAAUGCACGUCACAUCCUGGCCCGAUGAUAUCCCUGGUUUGCCCAAUGUUCUUGAACGGCUUCGCGAACUCUACCCUUCCCCAAGAACGCAAACCCAUGCCCUCCACUUGUCCUCACGAGGCAUCAUUCUUCCCCACGUGGACAAUAUCUCAGCCAGUGGGACCUGGAUACUGGGUGUCAGCCUUGGUGCAGAAAGAAUAAUGCGUCUGGAGGAAGCCGAUAACUCUGGCAGUUCCUAUGAUAUACCAUUGCCUUCCGGGAGUGUCUAUAUACAAAGAGAUCACAUCCGUUUCGAUUACAACCACUCAAUUCUUGGUGCUGGUCCACGUGUAAGUAUAAUGGUCAGGGACUUACUUGCUGGUGCCGCUUUAUAAGCCGGACACUCAAUUGCCUCGGGUCGGCUGGUCGGCUACUAAACUCAAUUACUUCGAUCGAAGCGUAUCGGGCACUCCGGGGGACCAUUUGGCAUAACAUCACAACGUCUAGCUGCAAUAUUAGCUUCAGCAAGGCACCGGUCUGCAUAAUCUUGAUUUUCCUGUUGCUCUGCACGCCGGAAUGCAUGUGCAUUUCGCCUAGGCAUUCUCAGUCAUGAAUACAUGAAUUGAGAUGCUGUGGUGCCUCGGGUUUUCUCCAAUCGCACAAGAUUACACGAUCUCCCGUUCCGUUGUAUCAACCAUACGUCAUGGUGAUGUGGAAGAUAAUCCUUCGUGCGUACAAGCUGCUGAUAACCUCUCGUCGAUCGCUGCCGGUAGCGUCGUACGAUAAAUUAAUGAGCCAGUCUGUCAGAUAUCGUGGAGAAAGCGAAGCGCUUACGGCCUAGGCCUAUACUCCUA